AUGGCCUCAGGGAAGACGCUGAAGCUGGCCGUCUACGAGCUGCUGCAGUUCACGGGCCUUUGUGCCACCGUGCUCGUUAUCAUGGAGAGGUUCGCCCGCCUCAUAAGCAACGUGGAAGGCUGCGACAGCACGGCCUACUGGCUGGUGGUGGCUGUCUCGGUCGCCUAUGUGACCUCUGCGACCUUGCUUGUGUGGGUGCCCCUCAAGUACCAAAUCCUGAAGAGGAGGAGACUGACGGACAAAAUCACACACUGGAGACCAACAGCGCUGGCGUAUGUCAUCUUGUGCACACUACCGUGCUUCGCUAUUUUAAUAGCCAGCUCACAGGUACAAGUCAACUCGGGCAUGAGACUCGAUCACUUUGAUGAGCUGCCCGUCUCCUUGGUGAUGUUCUCCCUCAUCUGUGUGGACCUGGUGGAAAGGAUACGACCCUGCAGGCUGCUCGGACAAGCAGACAGCGUGGACCUGAACUUUGACCUGCCAGGUCCAGUCUUGACCCACCUGGAAGCAGUCAGCUCCGUCUCCAGCCAGCUGCCCUCUGAUGAAGCCCAGCAGAAUGGCGCCCCAGCGAGACAAGCGGAGCCCGGGAACAAGACCGUCGCCCCCCGCAGGGGGCAUGACGUGGCUGGCCGCUCCACGCCACUCAGCUCCAGAGCGUCUAGCGUAGCCUACUUGUACUCCUCCUCGUCCUCACGUCACUUCUCGCACCCACUGGGCUUCCUGGGGAGGAGGGACAGGAGGUCAGAGGUGUUUAUGGAUUGUUUCUUGUUCUGGUUCGAUACCGUGGAGAUAGUGCGAGUGUCCGGCAAGCCGGAGGUCUUCUACUCACCUUGGGUGUACCCCAUCUUCAUUCUGGCCUUCCUGUCCACCCUACGCAUGGUCCUGGCCCCUCACAGCCCCUGGUUAUCCUCAGCUGGUGUGGCCCUGCAGGACGUGCCCUUCUUCAUUCUGCGUGUGGCCCUUAUGGCGGUUUUUGGACUGGUCACGCCCAUCUUGUACCUGCUGAAGAACGCCCUGGUCAGCCUGGCCUUCUUCUACUUCAUCUUCAUGACUAAGAUGAAGUUGUUUAAGAGGCGGAGCAUGUUUUGAUCAGGACGCGGAGGAGGAGUAGAACCUUAAAGUGUAAAUAUUGAAAUGAUUGGCCAAUACUA